AACAAUGCUUCAAGUAAUAUCGUUUCGUUCGCUCAGCGAAGGCGGCAUCGGAGUGACGGAAUAUCACUCAAAACGCGCCGUUUUAUGCUUCUCUUUCAGGCACCCCCAUUCUGACACUAUACACCCUCUUCUGCUGGCUGCUGAAUUUGAAGUUUUUGAGCUGCAAACUGGUACUGGGCAUAGUUAGAGGGGAAACUUGUUUCAUGAUUAGGCACUCUGGCUGUACCAUUAUUGCCUUCUAUCUAGCUGGCUCCAGGUGGAUGGGAUAUUCUUCUAUUUUCCAAAAGACAGACUUGAGAUGAAAAGUUUCAAAGGAUCUAAAUCUUUGUUUGUGACUGAUGCUUUACAUAUAUGCCACGUAUGUGUGAAGUAACUGAACAAGAUGAGUGCAAAGGUCGACACGGCAUCUGCUGUUGAGCCUCACAGCUCUAAGAUGUCUGGAACGAGCACAUUAUCUGCACCACCAACCAGUAGCCAAAAGGUCUCUAUGUUCGCUGCAAAAUCUGGAUUUGUUAUUCCAAGAAACAAAUUGUCAGGCUCAUUAAUUCCUAGCAUUCGAGGAGGUAAAAAGCUGGGAGGAGGUGAUGCGUCUAGCGAGGAAAGUACCAAACUGACACAGAGGAAAACAAAAUGGGGCCCUGAUCUGACACAGGAUGCUGCUGUUAAAAGGGGAAGAGCCUUAGCUUAUCAGACACGAGUGGAUCAAAUUAUGCAACAGCUGAAAUUGGGAACUUUGGAGGUUGGGGACACUGAAGGCUCACCGAUUGCAGCUGAACAUCCAGAUCACAGGUCUCCAAGUUCUCACAACAAUGAUAAGAAGUCGGAACUAUUGGAACUUGAAAAGCAGGAAGUAAUAGGUGAAAUAUUAAAAUUGAAUCCAAGUUACAGGGCCCCACCUGAUUAUAAACCUUUGAUGAAGGAGUCAAGUGUUCCACUCCCUGUCAAAGAACAUCCUGGAUUCAAUUUUAUUGGCCUCAUAUUUGGGCCUGGAGGUGAUAAUCAAAAGCGAUUAGAAAAAGAAACUGGAGCUAAAAUACAAGUUUAUGGUACCAAAGCGGGGACAGGAGAGAAGGGAGAAAUCAAACUAUCUGAUGGAAAUGAAAUCCAUGGUGCUUAUGAAGAGUUGUGUGUUCAAAUAUCAGCCGACACAUUUGAGAAAGUUGAUGCUGCUGUUUCCAUCAUUGAACUGCUGGUCACCUCAGUAUCAGGGAAUUUGACGGCUGUUUCCACAAUCUCUACUUCCGUUUCUGGGGAUAAUAUAGAUAUCUCCCAAAGCCAGGAUGCAGCCACCUCUAAUGUUGUUACUGCUGCAGUAGAUCAGGGAGUACUACAACCAGUGGCCGGAUCUACACAACCGCCUUUGCAGGGUCAAUUUCAAUUCCCCAGUCCAUGGUUUCCAUCAGGCCAAUCUUCUGGUCUCAUACCCCCUCCAACUCCUUCAUCUCCAAUUUUCAGAAAUCAUGUCCAUUUAUCGUCAUCUCCCUUGAAUCCUUCAAACAUGCCUUCUUUGUUUGGGCCUCGACCAACUCCAGCUGGACCCAGUUCAAUUCUCCAAAACUCACCAGUUUUCCCCCGAUCACAGCCACAAACACAAGUACCAUGGCAUCCGUACAUGGCUCAAACAAGUCCUUUAGGACAUAUUGGCCCCUUGAGAAGUCCGUUACAGCAGCCUAAUGUUUCAGCUCCACUUCCAUUUACUGGUAGCCAACCCUUACCAACAAGGCCAGGCCCUAUCACAGGGCCCUUAAUGGCUUCACUUUCUCAACCUAUGUCUAGUGUUCUGCCUGGGUCACUACUUGACCAACCCCAGACCCCUGCUGGGAGUUCUAGUGUCUGGUCUGGAGCCCCGGGGGGUGGUAGUUUUUCAACAUCUUUAGGUCUGAGUAACAUGGGGCAGAUGGCUCCACAGAUGGUUCAACCCAACAGGCCUCAUCCUCAAAAUCCACAACCAGGUGUUGCAUCCAUGGCUCCUUCAAAUAUAUCAACAGCUAGUUUGGUUUCAACUAUCACCUUUUCAUCUAGGCCGUCCAUGCCUGCUGCUGUGAACCACCCUAUCGCAGCUCCACAUUUUUUGUCAAAUCCACCAUCUCAAGUAAGACAUCCGGCUGCAUUUUCAGCUUCUGUACACCAUACACCAGCACCAGUACCUGCACCUAAUUCAUCUAUAAAUCCGGGAUUGGGAGCACUGAUUCCUUCACCUGGAUCAUCCACACAACCACCUUUACCUAUGCAAUCAGGAAUACCAAAUUCUGUUGCUCCGAGUACACCAAACUUCACUGUCAUAAAACCACCGACAGUGACAGCUCCAAGUUCCGGUAAUUUCACUUUUCAACCGCAUGGGCCGCAGAACCCAGUCUCUCAAACAGUUGCCAUGUUAAGUAGCCAACUUGCAACUCAGAGUGCUUCACAGGUGCAGCCUCUCGCACCUCAGGUAUCAUCUUUCCAGUUGGCUGUGCCCAAACUAAUUCCUCAACCAGUCAGUCAAGUCUUUCAGAGGCCAUCGUUCAACAAUCUGGUAGGCCAGCCUCAAGCUCCUGUAUCUGCUGUUCCCUAUGCCAGAACACCAAUGGGUCCACCCAGACAUCCGUCAAUUGCAAAUGCAAGUGUUUCACCAAGGACUCCACUCCCACAAAUGGGCCCAAGGAACUUCAGUCCAGCUCCCCAAAUGCCUGGUUUCUCUGGUCCUAUUGUUCCCAGACCGGCAAAUCCUCUUCAACUUCAACAAAAUUAUCCACCUCGAACGCCUAGGCCAGAUAUCCUCUUAUCUCCAAAUCAGCAAUUUAGCAACACUUUACCCUUUGCAUCUAGUAAGCCAGUUUCUAAUCCUGGAGGACAGCAAAUUUAUGAUCCUUUCUCACCUACUUCUGUGUCUACCUCAAAGGCAGAGGGGUGAACAAACACCCCCCACACACACACAACAAACAAAACCAAAGCAAAGGUGAGAAACCAGGAGAAAUCCACAGCACGAGGAUUUGAUGGGGCUCGGAAUGAAAUACUGCAUGAGGAUUUUUGAUGGACUCGAAAUGAAAUACUUGUUGGCUAACCAUUUGAGAUGUAGUCAGGUUCCCAAAAUGGAGUAUAAAUUUUCAUCUCUAGAAGUGAUAUGUUGCUUCUUUGUAAUCAAAUUUCUGGUAUAAGGUGACUUUGUUGCAACAUGUAUUAAACAGUUUUCUUUGCAUCUUCAUCUUUCCUUGUCAUUGUCUGUCUUCCCCUGAACUAUGAAUGAAGUUUAAAUUGAAUUGUUUACGAGAGAAACAACUCCAUUGGAUAAA